GACCAGAACAGGGGCCGGCGGGGCGGGCUGAAGGCUGGGCACCCGGCAGCUGCCGGCAGAGAUGGAGAAGUUUCAGGCUGCGAUGCUGCUGGGGGCCGUGGGCGAUGCACUCGGGCACGGACACGCCUUCAGGGAGGACAGCGCCUCGGGCCCCAAGGUCCAGAAGGAGCCGGGAAAGGUGGGGGGACUGGACCACCUGGUGCUCUCGCCAGAGAGGUGGCCGGUGAGCGACAACACCGUCAUGCACAUGGCGACGGCAGGGGCCCUGGUCACAGACUUCUGGUGCCUGGACGACCUGUACCGUGAGAUGGUGCGACGCUACGUGGACGUGCUCGAGAAGCUCCCAGGGCAGCGGGUAGACCCGGCCACCAUCGAGGGCUGCUCGCAGCUGAAGCCCGACAACUAUCUCCUGGCCUGGCACACGCCCUUCAAUGAGAAAGGCACAGGGUUUGGUGCUGCCACCAAGGCGAUGUGCGUGGGCAUGCGGUACUGGCAGCCGGGGCGGCUGGAGACGCUCCUCGAGGUCAGCGUGGAGUGCGGCCGGAUGACGCAUAACCAUCCCACAGGCUUCCUCGGGUCCCUGUGCACGGCCCUGUUCGCAUCAUACGCCAUUCAGGGCAAGCGGCUGGAGCAGUGGGGACGAGACAUGCUGAAGACAGUCCCGCUGGCCGAGGAGUAUUGUAAGAGGACCAUCCGGCACCUCGCUGAAUACCAGGCGCACUGGUUUUACUUUGAAGCUAAAUGGCAGUUUUACUUGGAGGAGAGAAAAAUCAGUGAGGACACGGAGAAUGAGGCCAGCUUUCCCGACCACUACAACGCAGAGGAGAGGGGCAGGACCUACAGGAAAUGGAGCUCGGAAGGUCGAGGGGGCCGGCGGGGCCACGACGCCCCCAUGAUUGCCUACGAUGCCCUUUUAGGAGCCAAGGGCAGCUGGACGGAGCUCUGCCACCGGGCCAUGUUCCAUGGAGGUGAGAGCGGGGCCACGGGGGCCAUCGCCGGCUGCCUGUUUGGGCUGCUGCACGGCCUGGACGCCGUCCCCGUGGGCCUGUACCGCGAGCUGGAGCUCAAGGAGCCGCUGCGGCGCCUGGGCGAGGAGCUCUACCGCCUGUCCGCGGAGGAGGAGUAAAGCCCCUUCCCCAC